AUGAGCAACAUCAACAACACCAACAACACCAAUGACCUUGUCAUUGUCAGUGAGACUUCUUCCAAGAAGUACAAUACUGCUUUGACCGAGUUUAAUUCUAUCUUUCUUGUUGGAAGACAAUUUUCUUCAACUGUAGCUGUUCGUGAAGCUGUCAAGACAUAUGGUGCCACACAUAAUAUUGCAUUUUCCACCAUGUUUUCAUCAGAAACUUGCAUAAAGAUUAUCUGUAAGCAUGCGGGCAAAUAUAGAGACACUCAUAAGGCUGCAAAGAUUGCUUUAGAAACCUCUACUAGCAAAGAGAGUCCCCUUCCUGGAUGGGAAAGAAAACAUGUCAAGGAUACACAAAAGCAUGGCUGCCAAUGCUUUGUGUACGCCUCUAAGAAAAAAGACGGAAGAGUUGCUGUGCACUUGUGUGAGGCACAACAUAACCAUCCAAUUGAGGAAGAUCGUAAGGCGUAUGCUAUGCACCAAAAACUUUUGCCUGAGGACAUGGCCCUUGUAACAAGACAUCUGGAGAAUAAUGAUGAUGUAUCAAUCAUCUUCAACAGUUUGAAGAUAUAUGGAUACACCAAUGUUGUAUGUCAAGACAUUGAGAACAUCAAGCAGCACUUUGGAAAAGAUUAUGAAGGAAAGGAAAUGUUUGGUUUUAUUAUCACUUUACAAGACCUGGACUUCUAUAUCCACUAUACUGUUGAUAAUACAGAUGACAAAAGAAUCAACAUGGUUUUCUUUGUUCACAAGAAUGCAAUUGCACUACAGGAAAAAAAGUGGGGAUUCAGCUGGGGAUUCAGCUGGAGAUUCGGCUUGGGAUUGAGCUGCUUAUUGAUGUUAGCUUUUAUUCAUAUCCCGCUAUAUUUACCCAUCUGCUAUACCCUUAUUUUAAUUGGUAGUAAAAGAAUAGAAAAAGGUUUCUAUUGGUAUGAAUGA